AGGCGCGGGCCGUGACUAGAAAUGUAUCGUCACAUCCCGGGACAGUAUAUAGUCGGGUUGGAGAGCGGCGGGUGCGGCUGGAAUGGCUGUCACACGGGGGAACCGGGAACAGGGCCAGAGGCACAGCGCCAAGGCGUUUCCGUAUAGGUGACGGCACGCCCUUCAAAACACAGUUAAAAAAAACGGAACGUCAUUACUUCCUGCUGGUCAGGAGAGUAACAGCUUCCAACUGAAGACUUUCAAACAGCAGCCAUGAACACAGAAGCAGAGACUAAGGCCCAGGAGGCAGGGGAACUCAAAUACCGCCUCUUCCCGUCCGUUCGGAUGUUGUUCGUCAUGCUCGUCGGUAUCGGCGUGGGGACCAUGAUGAUCACUCGGUUCAACGUCAGCAUUGCCGUCGUCUGUAUGGUCGACGAUGACGUCACAGAGGGUGUCAUGACGUCAGCCGGGGACGGCAUGGGAAAUGGAACCCGAGACAUCGCCAUAACGAAUGGUGGUGAAUUAGAGGUUUCUACAGCGGGAAAAGGACGGGGUGAGUUCCAGUGGGACAAGACGUUCCAGGGGCUGCUGCUGUCCAGCUAUUUCUACGGCUACACCGCGGGUCUGGUACCGGGCGGCUGGAUCGCCGACAAGCUGCCGGUGGUACUGGUCCUGCUGGUCAGUAUCGGUCUGCAGGGUCUGUGGACGCUGGUGCUACCGGUGGUAGCACGAACAGACCCGUACCUUCUGCUGGCGCUGCGCGCACUGCAUGGGCUCUGCUCGUCGGCGGCGCUCCCCGCCGCGCAGGUGUUCGCCCGAAACUGGAGCGUGCCUGUCGAGUACACCACCGUGUUCUCGCUGUGCUGGGCCUUUCAGUACCUGCUCGGAGGAUCGGCCUACCCCAUCUCCAGCUCCAUCUGCCAGGCUUGGGGCUGGCCGGCGGUGUUCUAUAUUACAGGGGCGUUUCCACUUCUGUGGAUGGUCGUAGGCUGGUUCCUUCUGACCAGCUCCCCUGACGAGAGCUCCAUCUGCCCGGAGGACGAGAAACGAUACCUGGCCUCCAAGAGGCUCUUCAGAGUGGCCACGACCAAAUCACUCUCUGACAAAAAUGUGACCCAGGAGUCAACACCAAUCCUGGCCAUCAUCACCAACCGUCAGGUGCUGAUAGUGAUCGGCACCUUCUUCACCAACAGCUGGUUCUACUACGCCCUCAACAUCACUCUGCCCACCUUCCUGAAGGAGACCAUGGGCGUCAACCUCACUGAGAACGGAUUUCUCUCCGGUCUUCCGACCAUGUCGAUGACCGUCGGCUGCGUUGCAGGGGGAAAGGUGUUUCAAUACCUGCUCACCAGGUGGCAGUGCAGUCGAACCAAUGCUCGUAAAAUUAUUGCGACUGUCGCGUUCCUGAUCCCGGCCGCUCUGCUGGGAGUCAUCUUGCUGCUUCCUCCGGGAAUGACGUAUCUCACGAUGAGCCUUCUCGUCUUAUGCAACGUCACCUCCGUGCUGGGAGUUGCCGGAGGCCCUUUGUCUGCGGGCCCGGACAUCGCCCCUCAGUUCGCUGGAGUGAUCUGGGGCCUCUCCGGGUCCAUCGGAAAUCUCACAGGGGUCCUGGCGCCCACAAUAGCCGCUGCAAUGACACCAAACAAAAGUCUACUGGAGUGGCGGUACUUCUUCCUGAUCGCUCUGGUCAUGAACGUCGUGAUGGAUCUCGCCGUCAUUCUGUUCUGGAAAUCAGAGGUGCAGACAUUCGCCAAGACCGAGGAAAACGAGACAGAAGCACAGAACAAAAACACGUGCGAAGUGUAGAAAUGGUCCGUUUAAAGACCACAGACUACCGUAGCAAAAUAUUGUGCCAAAAGAUUGCUGUAUUCAAAAUACGAGUCGAUGUCGACCGACUCGUAUUUUGUCGUCUGUCGACCGAUGCAACGCGCCCCGUUUCACAUGUGCCCCUAAAUGGGUUGGGGGGAGGCGACGCGCCGGCUCCAAGGGUUUUGAACGUGUCGACUGCGCUUGCUGCAUCAAUGAUCGCCAGUAACGGUACCCUUAUCCUUUGAAAUGCUGAGCCGCUUGUUUUGAUUGGGUUAAAGACAUUUAGAAAGCAUCACUAAGUCAUUGAGUGUUGAAACUGCAAUGCGACAUGUUAUUUAAUAAGACAACUCGGAAUAUAUGCUUGAAUGUGCCAUUCGUGCCACUGUCGUCAUUGAAAAAAAAAAAAACGGACACGAAUAGAAGUUGAACAUGUGGUGGAUAUUGUAUCGUGAACUUUAAUUGUUGAUGCAUAUACAGCAUGCUUCCUCAAUAAGGGACAUGCAGUGCAUUUUUCGUAGAUGUUUUCAAACAUUUUGAUUCACAAACUUGUUUCGUUUUGUGUGAAUAUU